AUGCCCGGUGGCGUUGUCUAUGUCCUGAGUGCGCAGCCGUUUGACACCACCAAAGUGAAGAUGCAGACUUUCCCGUCACUGUACCGCAACUUCAGUCACUGUUUCGCCGUCAGCUGCAGGACGGGAGGACUCAGGUCUCUGUACAAAGGCACCAGCCCCGCUCUGGUGUCCAGCAUCACGGAGACCUCGGUGCUCUUCCUCAGCUACGGGCGGUGUCAGGACCUGGUGCGCUUCCUGUGUGGGGUGGAUCAAGGGGCGGAGCUUAGUGAUCUUCAGAAGGCCAGUGCGGGUUCUCUGGCCUCCAUCUUCUCGGCCACGGCCAUCACUCCCACAGAGAUGCUCAAGUGUCGUCUUCAGGCCGUGCACGAGAUGGAGGCUACAGGGAAGAUCGCCGCAGGACACAGGAGUACCAUGUGGACACUGACGCGGUCGGUCGUGAAAGAGCGUGGACCCCUGGGACUGUUCACCGUGCUUUGCUCCACCAUCGUGAGAGAAAUCCCUGGAUACUUCUGCUUCUUCGGAGCCUAUGAGCUUUGCCGCUCCACGUUCGCUCAGUACAUGAAAACAGGCAAGGACGGCAUCGGUAUGUUUCCUCUCAUCCUCAGCGGGGGCAUUGGAGGGGUCUGUCUCUGGUCAGUGACCUUCCCCAUCGAUUGUGUCAAGUCCAGGAUCCAGGUUUACGCUUUAGCUGGAAGACAAGAGGGCUUCAUAAAGACGUUCAGGGCCAUCAUACGGCAAGAAGUUGAGAAACCUGCAGUUCAGAUUUCAAUGAAAAAGUAA